GUUUGCGAAAGGCCACGCCUUCUUUUGCCGCACCGCAUGACCGCAGAGUCUGCACCGUACUCAACGCGUGAAUCCUUCUCGUACGGUGUCUUAAAAAAUCGCAAAUUGCACCUGAUUGAAGCAGCAGAUUUUGUGUUUGGUGCUUUGAUAAGCUUGAAGAAAGAUGAAACCUAUUGUGAUUGAUGGUGGCUUCGGCACCCAAAUGGCCACAUAUUUGGGCUCAAGCAGUGUCGACGCCGACCCGCUUUGGAGUGCCAGGGCGUUGGCUACCAACCCUGAUUUGAUCGUUCAGAUCCACUUGGACUUUCUGAAAGCCGGCGCAGAGCUGAUUCGAACAAACAGCUAUCAAGCGUCCGUCGGUGGAUUUGUAGAGCACUUGGGGCUGAGUGAAGUGCAAAGUCUUGAACUCAUCAAGAAGUCGGUGCGACUUGCCGAAACGGCAGUUGAAAAAUACAAAACGGCAGAUGAUACAAAAGCGCUCCAAGAUUUGCACAUCCCAAUCCUGGGCUCGGUGGGUCCGUACGGGGCCUGUCUGCACGACGGCUCCGAGUACUUUGGCUACGAGGGCAAAGGGCUGACCCGUGAGCAGUUGAUCGACUGGCACAGGCCCAGAAUCUCAGCCCUUGCCGAAGCUGGAGUGCAAGUGCUGGCGGUCGAGACCAUCCCGUCGCAACUCGAAGCCGCAGCCAUCUCUUACCUGAUCAAGACGGAAUUUCCGCAGCUGCGAUUUUGGGUGUCCUUCUCUUGCAAGGACGACCAAAGAAUUUCCGAAGGAACUUUAAUUAAAGAUGCAGCAGCUGAGUGCUGGCAAAUUGCCUCCUCGCAGCUGGAAGCAAUUGGAGUGAACUGUGUGCAUCCUGCUUACGUUUCAUCUCUCCUGAAAUCAAUUAAAGAAGCUAAUUCCAGCGUGCCCCUUGUUGCCUACCCCAACAGCGGCGAGCAGUACAUCGCGGGCCAAGGUUGGCACGCGGACGGGGUGAAAGUGUCACAAUUUGUGCAGGAGUGGCUGCCCCUGGGAACUCGAUUUGUAGGAGGCUGCUGUCGCACCUACCCAAGGGACAUUGAAGAAAUAUUGUCGCGAGUCAGAAGAAUCUCUGCAGCGGCGGAUCCGUGAAAAACGCACAGUUCGAAUAUUCCUCUGCAGAUGCAAAAAGUGGCCUUCUCUUCUUGUCUCCUUCUUUCUUCUCUGUGCAGCGUUUUAUCUUCCGCCAUGUGAUGUAUGCAAAAAUAUAUUGAGCGUCGGCAGUGAUCUCUCCUCCGCGUCUCUUCUUUUCGCGCUGCACAUAACUGGAUUUUUAUUCAGACGAGUACACACUUUAAAAACUUUCUUCCCUCCAUUUGGCCGAGGGGAGGAACUUUAAACAGCUUCUCCGUAAUUUAAGAAUGUUAUCUUUGCGAAAGGAAUGGAUGGUACCGGGGUAGAAACGCGCAUCUCUCUUCCUUGGGACCUUCACACACACACACACACACACACACACACACACACACACACUCGUGAGAGAGGCGGCCUGCUUGCUCGCUCGCUCUCUCCGACAAAAGUUUUGUUGGUUUGAACUCUCGUCUUGCUUGCCUGCUUUUCUGCUCUGGCAAAGUGAAAAAAUCUGACACCACCAAUCUUGAAUUCGAAACUCUCUCUGCAACUUUUCGGAAUGGCAAUUAUCUUUCUAGUGUUAAACUCCUAGAUGCAGCAUUUUCUGUUUGCCAAAAUCAGAUGAAACUAAAUCCACCAAAGGAAAAGUUGCAGUCAUAGCAGGAAAAACCUGAGAAGUGUUUGAUUAAGUUUUAUUUGCUUAUCAUAAGGAUGCAAAUUAAUCUGCUGAAGCAGGUAUUUAAUAAGGCCACCAUUUCUGCUAAUGCUGGAAAUGAUAUGAUUAUUUGCAAGCUCGCUUAAUAAUUUCUGUUUAUAUAAUUUUUCUAAAUAAUUAUUUUUGAGGCCACAAUAUGGACACUGUUUUUUUAUGCUGAUUGUGAGACAGUUUUUCAAUAGAUAAAUUUUAACUAUUUUUUAAAAUCAAGUUUAAUGGUGGUAGAUUGUAUUAUUUUGUUUCUGAUUUAUGACGCUGUUUUAAAUUUUAAUCAACAAUAAUAUUAUUAUUAUUGUAGCCUUAUUUCAUUAUGCA